GCCCCUAAGAUGGCCACACAGCUACGUCAAGGCCUCUCCUCGUUUUCUAUUGAGUAAUAGCGCUGCCCGUCAAGACAGCGAAGGCGCUGAGUGGUUCGAGUCGUGAUGUGUGUCGGGAAAGAGCCCGCAACAAGCGGAAUCCUAGCAACAGGGGGACUCCGGUGGCAGCACGGUCCGGCUCCAUAGCGGCCUUCCUUCGGCUGGAGGCCGCACGGCGCUGCGAGCCCCCAACCACAGCCUUGGAGCACUGCAGAGAUACAGCCUGAUCUGCCACAGCUGCUGCUUAGGAGCUGGGAGCUCUCACCGCACCGGCUUCAAGGCCAGGAGCCCCUCAUGUCCCCCCUCCCCACAGGGGUGCUCAUGGCCCUGGGUGCUUGACAGCAUGUGAUAUGACACCCCCCCCAGCACCCUAAGGACGCUGUUUCUCUCAUAUUCUCCUCACAUUUUCCUUUUAGAGAUCAAAACUAAAGAGGAUUUUGCAGCAGAAGCAACAGUGGUCUCUCACUGUGGGCCUUGCCCCGUGUAGGAGAUGCUGUGUCCCUUCUAGACGUGAAAACAAUUCACUCCUAAGUGUUUAAGUGUGGCAGCAGGGAGCCCAGCUGUGCUCUGAGUAUCAGUGCAGGACACGAAGGAAAGAAACAAGAUCCUGAUAAUGGGAACAGAGGCUGCAGAGAAGGCGAUGACCACAGUGGACUCCAUGAAGGGCUUAGAUCCACGCCGGUUGAAACCUAAUUGCUUUGAGACAGAGAGAAUCCUAUCUGUCUUGGAUGAGACCAUCGCCAAGUUGGAGCUGAGCUCCUUGAUCCCACUUAUUAUCGGCUCUCUGGACAGGUUUGCUGACCUGCUGGGACCUGAGAUCACAACCAGCCUGAUGGAGUACAAGAAGCUUUCAGACCAAAUGGAGCUGCUGCUUGUUGCUGCUGAAGAAGGGGACAUCUCAAAACAGGAGGAGCAAAGGGUUGCUCUCCAUUUGCUGGAACAACAACUGAAAUGUUCUGUUAGGAAUAUCCUCAGGCUCUUCUUGGCCGUCCCUUCACUUUGUAAGGCUCUGAAAUAUGAAGUCUGGGCAAGAGAGCCAGCAACUGAAGCAUUUAUCAAAGCCUUCAGGGAGUUCAGGAAUUUUAUGCUUGAGCGACUCCUGAUUAGUCCCAAGGAAGAGGAAGAAACAGUUCAGCUGGUGGAAGACGUCUCCCUCCGGAUCAACAAGAACACUGAAACCAUCACAGCUUUGCAGGCAGAACUGGCAGCAGCAAUCAGGACCCGAGAUGAGGAGAUCCAGAACAAGGACAAUAUGAUCAAAGAUCUCAAGAACAGCAUGGAAACUGUAGAUGAAUGCAGCAAGGACAACCUCCUGCAGAUCAAGUUGGAAGGUGAAAAACAGCAGAAAGAGGAGCUGCGAGCUUCCCAGGCUAAGUGUGCCAGGCUACAGCAGGACAUUCAGCAGCUGGAGGAACAGCUCAAUAAGCUGAUCCUGGAGCAUCGAGUAUCAGAGCUGGCUCUCAGGAAGAGAAAAGGCAGAAUGGAGGCGGAAAUUCUGAACUGGGUCGAGGUAUAUGACACAGACAUGGCAGAAAAACAGGCUGAGUUUGAGGAGGUUCAUGCUGCCUACACCAAAGAAAAGGCUGAGCUGUCCCUGCUGAUGGAGAAACAUGCUGUGCUUCUCCCGGAGUAUACCCAGAUUGAGGAGGAGCGCAGGUUAAAUGAGGAGAAGAAGAAGCAAGCUUUGGAGAAAUUGGCUGUCAUGACCCGCGCUGCCACCCUCAUCCAGGCCUUCUGGAGAGGCUACGUGAUCCGGUGUACCUUCAAGCCAAAAAAGAAGAAGGGCAAGGGCAAGGGCAAAGGCAAGAAGGGAAAGAAAUAAUCACAACAUCUAUUUACUCUCCUGUCAAAGUCACUGACUCCUUUGAGACAGAGCACUUCCAGAUAAAAGCAUUAGGGUUGAGAUAGCAUUUGCAUUAAGGCCCAAACAGUCCAGGGCUGGAGCUGCCUCUCAUAGUUAAAUAGAGUGUUGGCAUGAAGAUAAGGCUUGCUGUUUUAGGUUUAGCUUUGCUAGCUCUAAAAGAUGGAGGAGGUCUCCUGGUGAAGGGACUGGACUAGGUCUACCCAACUCUACUUUCUCUCCAAUUCUGUUGUUACUGAAGAUGGGAAUAAAAUCAUUCCUGGGGGUAGGAUGAA